UUGCAUUUAAUGAACCAUAUAUGCCCUCGUCUCUUCACAAAAGCCACAACAUAGUUUAACCAAAGCGUAAAGGGUAAUCAUGUCUUUCCACAUUACUUGCUCGUCUUCUCUUCUCCUCUCCUCUCCUCUCCUCUCCUCUCCGCACAAAGUUGAAACGAAGAAGACUUUCGGUGAAAACGGAGUUGCAGGCAGAAUAUCAACAUAGAGAGAGAUAAAAAUAGAUAGCGUAAAAGAAAGGAAGACUCGGCAAUGGCCAUGACUGCUCCUCGCCUUUACCUACGCACCACGGCGCAAAUUAUCAAGCAGUCCUCUGCAUCCUUUCUCUCCAGCCUUUACGUAUUCCUCUUCCUCUCUCUCCUCCUCUUCUCCUUCCGUACUGUUGUCGAGAACGGCACCCUUCUCGUCACUUCCUUCAUCGAUCGGGAUCCUUCCUUGAAGGCAUUACUUUCACGCCUUGAUCUCUCCGGCCAGAAUGUACGAUCUCCGGAAAGUUUCAGAUCUCCGACCGCCUUGACCCGUCGGCGCCGCCCGUUCCUUCAUUUGAGCCGCGUUGGCACUCUUGAGGAUGAUUUCUUCUCCGGCGAUGACGACGAUGAUCGGGGUUUGUUUGGACUUGCUCCUCCAGAUCCUGUGAAUGGUAGUGUUGUGAAUCUGAGCCAUUUCUUCCGGAGCGAAGGGAAACUAGGGUUUUUGGAUUCGGAGAAGGGUUAUGGGAUUACGUUUUCGGAGAUUGUUGGUUCAGGAUUUCUGUUCAAGGCGGAGGGUUUCUCCUUGACUGAUGAUGCUGAUGGCGAUGGUAGCAGUGAGAUGAAUGAAGCAGCGGUUGGAGAAAAGGGGGAGGAAGGGGAUCGGCCUACGGAUUUUAAACUAUUAACUAAGGGUUUGGAAUUCGGUCGCCGGGACGCGGCGACUUUGUUUUUCCUGGUCAGUUUCUUGUCGGCAGCAUAUGGUUGGGUGAUUCUAGGGUUCUUGAUAACACAUUCUUGCCUUCUUGGUGUCGUUUUUUAUGCUGUGGUUAACGACCAUUUGAGGAAGUAUCGUUCGUUUGUGAGGACGAUUUGGGCUGGCUCGUGGCUAGGAAUCAGGAGGAUUUCUGGAUUUGUGCUCAUGAAAUGGGCUGUCAGAGAUGCGCUGACGCAACUCCUCGGUCUGUGGUACUUCGGUGAAAUUGAAGACCAGUACUCGUUUUUUAAGUUGUUUGUGCGAUUGAAAUUGAUGCCAUUGUCCAUCUCUUCUCCUUGGAUCCGUGGAUUUGAGACAGAGAUCUCGGGGUUUCUGUCUACGUGGUUUUUCUUGGAUGUGUUUGUAGCUUUUGUGUUCGCAGUGGACUGCUGGGUUGCAGUUAUGGAUACAAGGAGGAGUGGGAGGGAAGUCAUUAAGGAAGGGUGUUACUUGAUAUCUACAAUGUUGACACACUCAGUUAACUUAAAAUGCUUGGAAAUCCUCUUUGUGUCUGUUCUGAGAUGGGUUGUGGCUCGAUUUUUUGGGGAAUUGUUUGCUUCAUUUUUCCAAUCGAUUGUAGAAGUCUAUUUUAUGGUAGCUUGGUUAAUUUUAUACUUUGCUGCUAGGUGCAAGGUUGCCAAUUCAGAUGGAAGGACGUUUGGCCUGGGAGACUUGGAGGAUUAUAUUAGUGGUCUCAGAUGAUUGUGGCUGUGACAGGGUGACAGUUCACUUGGAAGCUCCGAAUGCAUCUGUAAAAUAUUGGUGACCUUUUGAUGCUUUAGGUAUUCUUGUUUAGCGCAGUUGGUGUGGAUUGAUUUCUGCCAAUUUUUUUGGUGUAUUCACCAAGCCUUCUGCCUUGUAUGUACCUUAUCAGUGAGUAUAUGAAGUUGUGUAUAUUUCCACGGGAAGGCUUUUUUGUAUAAAUGUUCUGUCCUGUUUUCUUGGUGAUAGUGACAUAACAAAUUGAGAAUGGUCAUGACUUACUUUGCUCAAAGCCAAUCUUCAUGAUCCUUAUAUGUUACUUUGCUCAAAGCAAUUUGGUUCUA